AUGGCUGAAGACGAAGUACUCUUCGACGACGUAUAUGAACUUUGCGAAAUUAUUGGCAAGGGUCCAUUCAGUCUAGUAAGGCGUUGUGUACAUCGUCAGACCGGUCAACAGUUUGCAGUGAAAAUUGUUGAUGUUGCUCGCUUCACAGCCAGUCCGGGACUUAGUACAGCAGAUUUAAAAAGAGAAGCAACAAUAUGUCAUAUGUUGAAACAUCCCCAUAUUGUAGAACUUCUGGAAACAUACAGCUCCGAGGGGAUGCUUUAUAUGGUUUUUGAAUAUAUGGAUGGAUCGGAUUUGUGCUUUGAGGUCGUUCGUCGUGCUACUGCUGGCUUUGUCUACAGUGAAGCAGUGGCGUGCCAUUACAUGCGUCAAAUCUUAGAAGCUCUUCGUUACUGCCACGAGAACGAUAUAGUACAUCGCGAUGUUCGACCUCAUUGCGUGUUGUUAGCUGGUCGUGAUAACUGCGCUCCAGUCAAGCUUGGUGGAUUCGGUGUUGCGGCACAAUUGCCUACUCCAACCGCACAUAGAGCUCCGCCAGAACUGGUGAUGGACAAUCGACCUCUAGUGGGUCCUAUGGGCCAAGCGUAUCUGAAAUCUGAUGAGUAUGGUCGUAUCGGAACCCCCCACUAUAUGGCACCAGAGGUGGUAUCAAGUCAGUUGUAUGGGAAGCCGGUUGAUGUAUGGGCUGCUGGCAUUCUCUUGCACGUACUCCUGGUUGGAUAUCUACCCUUCACUGGCACGAGGGAAAGACUCUUUGAGGCUAUAUGCCGUGGAAGAUUGCGGUUCGAUGCUCCGCUAUGGGAAGACAUAAGCGACGCUGCCAAAGACCUGGUCCAAAGAAUGCUGACGGUUGACCACACUCAGAGAAUUAACAUACAGGAAGUUCUGAAUCAUCGAUGGAUCAGAGAUCGCGACAAGCAGAACCGCAUCCACUUAUCAGGGACAGUCGACGAACUUAAGAAGUUCAAUAGUCGUCGACGUCUUCGUGCGGCGACACUGGCGGGGGCCUCCGUUGAUGAUGAGGAGGAGGAGGAACAGCCGGGGAGGAAGCAGGUCAUGCUGGAGGAGGCUAACGCUGCUGCUAUAAAUCUCAUCGUGGAGUCUCUUGAUGACGUGGCAGUGUUACAAGAUGGCCCCGCUUAUAUGGAUCCUGACUUAUUCCACAGUGUACUUGAUGAUUUGCAAUUGCGUUCAUUGUUGGAAGUUUACGACCGUAUAGCGUGCACGGUGGUGGUGACGAGCGGUCGAGCGCCAGCUGCUGAAGGUCGUUCAAGGUCGAAGGCUGCCAUCGAGGCGGCGACCAGGCUGAGAUCCGGGAGCACCGCCGGCGCCGCGCCCGCCACCGCCGCCGCCAUACACGACCUGAGGAGACUGAUGACGUCACCACAUGUCAAGGCCCUUCUGCAAGCUCAUGAUGUGGUCGCUCGCGAGGUUUAUGGCGAGGAGUCGCUCCGUGCGUCUCCGCCGCCAGUCAAUGGCAGAGCUCAACAACCACCCGAAGAAGAAGAUGAUACUGAGCCAGAAUUUGAGAACGUGACUAGAGUGCGCCUCGUACAAUUUCAGAAGAAUACCGAUGAACCAAUGGGCAUUACAUUAAAACUGGCUGAUGACGGAAGAUGCAUCGUUGCUCGGAUUAUGCACGGUGGAAUGAUACACAGACAGGCGACUCUGCACGUGGGAGAUGAGAUCAAGGAAAUUAAUGGCACACCAGUGGCUAAUCAAUCCGUCGCCCAACUUCAAAGGAUGCUGCGUGAGGCACGUGGUUCAGUGACGUUCAAGAUCGUGCCAUCAUACCGAUCGGCUCCUCCGCCAUGCGAGCUAUUCCGGAUUAAGCCUUCGCCCGUGCUAAUAUUUGUUAGAGCGCAGUUUGACUACGAUCCCUUAGAGGAUGAACUAAUACCUUGCGCUCAAGCUGGUAUAGCGUUCAAUACAGGAGAUAUACUGCAGAUAAUCAGCAAGGAUGACUCCCACUGGUGGCAAGCACGUAAAGACGCGUCAGGUGGAUCAGCGGGUCUCAUACCGAGUCCUGAACUACAAGAGUGGCGAGCCGCUUGUGCUGCCGCAGAAAGAAGUAACACCGAUCAAGGAGCUGAGGGAUGCGUGUCCCAUACCGACGGAUGUGAGAACACAGUGAAUUGUUCUAUAUUCGGAAGAAAAAAGAAACAGGCCAAAGACAAAUAUUUGGCGAAACACAACGCCGUGUUCGAUCAACUAGAUGUUGUAACAUACGAAGAAGUUGUUAAACUUCCUUGUAAGUUUUGUUCUUGUUAUAUUUAUUAUGAUUUACAGCACUUUAUUUUCAGGAAGACCAUAGUGUUGCUCGGAGCUCACGGAGUGGGUCGUCGUCAUAUCAAGAACACACUUAUCGCCCGGUAUCCAGAUCAGUACGCCUAUCCCAUACCACACACCACCAGACCCCCUCGAGCCGAUGAGGAAAACGGUAGACAUUACUACUUCGUUACUCACGACGAGAUGAUGGCUGAUAUAGCGGCUAACGAAUACCUUGAAUAUGGUACCCACGAGGACGCGAUGUACGGAACCAAACUAGAGACGAUCCGGCGCAUACAUUCUGAGCGUCGCAUAGCCAUAUUGGAUGUGGAGCCACAAGCUCUUAAAAUACUACGAACAGCGGAGUUCGCGCCAUACGUUGUUUUCGUGGCCGCACCCUCACUUAACAAUGUCGCUGAUUACGACGGUUCGUUGGAGGUGCUCGCCCGCGAGUCUGAAACAUUACGCCGUACAUACGGCCAUUACUUCGACAUGUCGAUAGUCAACAAUGACAUUGACGACACACUCGGCCAGCUGGAGGCGGCACUAGCUAGGAUGCGUUCCACACCACAGUGGGUACCCGUCUCCUGGGUCUACUGA